GUGCUCAUCACUACACAGAACACCGGGCGGAAUUACGGAAGAGAGAGUAAAAUCUUGAAUUUAAUGUUUUAUUUGGGAAAAUAAAUAUUGAACAAUCAUCAUGGUUGUACUCAGUCCAUUUGUAUAUUGGGCUCAAACAGAAAAAGUUAUAUCACUAAGGAUCGAUUUGAAGAACGUUAAUGAACCUGAUGUAAAAGUUCUGGAAGAUAAAGUUAAAUUUUCUGCUGAGGGCAUUGGUGCACACGGUCGAACGCAGUACGAAUUUAAUUUAGAUCUUUUUUCUUCAGUGAAAAGUAGUAUAUUGGAUGGAGAACAACCAGCCACGGUUCGCGUUCUAGACAACCGAGUGGAUUUAGUGAUUCAAAAGGAGAAACCAGCAUGGUGGCCGAGGCUCACAGCCCAACCCCAAAAACCUGCCUGGUUGAAGAUAAACUUUGAUUUAUGGAAAUCUGAGGAUAUGCAAGACAGUGAUGAAGAAAAACGUGAUGUUAUGAGGGAUUACCCAGGCAUGUACGACAAAUUACAGAAAGAAGAAAUGGGCUACAGGAGAGAAGAAAUGAUAAAAGUAUAUCUCAUUAUAUACAACCUUUUCCAAUUAGUUGGAUACACUUACAUACUGGCAGUGAUAGGUGUGCGCUACGCUAAAUUAGGAUACGACUCUGUGAAUGAUACGUACGAACAUGUUGGAUCCGCCAUGAAGUUCGUGCAGUUGAUGCAGUACCUGGAAGUUAUGCAUCCAAUGUUUGGAUACACACGGGGUAGUGUAUGGACGCCAUUUUUUCAAAUAAGCGGGCGUGCGUUCGUAUUGUUCGUGAACAUAGAAGCGGAACCUCGUAUGCAGACGAAGCCAGUUGUCUUUUACUUAUUUGUCAUAUGGAGUCUGGUUGAAAUUGUCAGGUACCCAUUCUACAUAACGCAACUGUACAAGAUAGAAAUAGGUGUUCUGACGUGGCUGAGAUACUCUAUAUGGAUAAUUUUGUAUCCUUUGGGAUUCCUGUGCGAGUCCGUGGUGAUACUACGGAAUAUUCCAUACUUUGAAGAAACUCAAAGGUUUACUGUACCUUUGCCCAAUGAAUGGAACUUCGCUUUCCACAUGCCUUCUUUUUUGAGGUUCUAUUUACUACAUCUAGCGAUGGCCGGAGUAUUUUUAAUGAAACACAUGUACAAACUAAGAACUAACAAACUAAAACCAAAGAUCGUCAUAAGGAAAUGUAAAUGAAAUUAAUGAAUAUUUCAUUAUAUUGACGUAACGAAGUCGAAAGUUCAAUAAACAGUGCGAUCGUGCGUGUUUACACUUUUUUUUUUUUGUUAGUCAUACUCAAUAUUGUUGUAUGCAUAAUAAAGUCAUGAAGUAAUAUUAAAAAUAUGAUAAUUUAUUUGGGAAUUGUUGAGAACCUUUUAGCUUUAACUGUCAUAAAACGGUCAUAAAUAAUUCUCCUAUUCACCUACUUGUGUAUCUCAGUGAUUUGCAAGUUAAAGGAUAUCACUUUUUAUUAUAUACAGGGUUCUUUGUAAAAUACCAGCUACCUAGUAGAAUUAGACAGCUAUCAUCUUAAUCAACAAAGCUUUCGCAACGCGACGCUUAAACAACUUUUCUGUUAUCUCGGGUCGGGGUCAGCUACGCUGUCUCAGAUGGUCGAAUCUGAGCAAUGUCUGUGAUAUUCGGUCAGUUGCACAAACGUCCAUUAAGGUUAAAUGACGCCUUUAAGCUCUAAUGAAUGUCAUAUUUGUAUGGGUAAUGUCGCUUUAAACUAAUGAAAAUUUUAAUGGUUGUUUGUGCAACUGGCUGAUUGUCUAAUAUUUAAUUCAUCAUCAUCCUAUUCAUGUCCCUACUGCUGGGGCUCGGGCCUUACCUAUAGAUGGAAUAGAAUAGUGAAUGAUAAUGGAAUAGAAAAGAUAUGAAUCUGUAUGUAAUCAAAUAAUAUUUAGAGACAGUAAAAUAUUAUUAUUACCUGCAAAUGUCACUAGUGUACAGUCAACAGCACAUAUAACAGGUUAUACUAAACUGUCCAAUUUAAACCUUAGUACAUGGAAAGUAAAGUACAAAAUCCAUUGCUGAGAUAUGACAUAUUGUGGUAACCUGAUACGGCUGCAUAUACAAUAAAUCUUAAAAACUAUUUUUGGUCUAAGUAUUGAGCUAUUGUUAGUCGUAUAUAAAACAUUAUUGAUUAUGAUGUCAACUGCUCUACGAGAUUGCUUGUGUUUUUCAAAUUACCCUGUAUACAAAUUGUGGAUUUGAUGACGCGUAUGAGUGUGGGAAUUGCAAUAUCUCUGUCGAUUUGUCAGAUUUAGCAUUAAGUGGGCGAAGUCAAUAUAUUUAACAAACAGGUGUCUGAUUUUUUCGGCGUGUUUGAAGACUUAUGUUUUAGGUUGAAAUUUGAACCAUAUUAUUUCCAAAAUCGUGUGAUAAAUCUUCAGACUUGUUUCGAACAAGAUUUAUAAAAAAAAAAACACCUUUUUAAUAUGUUCUUUUCUUGAGAUCUUUAAGUUUGUAGCUGUUAUGUUAUAAUUUUAUAUUUGUUGUGACAAAUUUAUGUUAACUGAUGCAUUUUUUACUUUAUUUAUUAAAUAGACAUUCUAUUCCUUUUAUACUAGUCUGAUGAAUAUAUUGUUACAUGUCAGGAUUUGUAGAAAAUGAGAAUCCAGUAAAAGGCAGUUAAAAAUGUUUCUUACUUUUGUAAACCAGUAUUCCAGCAGGUUUAGCACUAACCGGACGUUGUUGCCUAACAUAUAGCUAUUAUAAAUGAUCUGCAUUGUACUCAAUGGGGUCCCACCAAGUUCACCUUUGCUGGAAUGCUGUUUUACAAAUGUAAAAUACAUUUCAAUAACUUCUUUGGGAAACUUAUUGUAUAGUUGAUAACAUAUUAGGUUACUACAAAAAGGCAUUCCAAUUGAUGUUAAGUCAUACCCCAUUGACAGUUAAGUUCAAAUAUUGAUUGUAGAAAUUUGGCCUGUUGUAGUAACCUGAUGAUCUGUUGUAUGUGCCAGUUUUCUGUUGUAUGUACCAGUUUUCUGUUCCAUGUACCAUAUUUCCACAUUAACCUCAAGGUCAGAUCAAAUUGCAGAACAUACUAGUUUGUUAAAUUUGUAAUACUAUGAAACUUGGUCUGGGUAUAUGAUUAAAGUUUUUAUGUAUAUGGAUGAUUUUGUUUAUAUUUUGUAUAAUAAACUGAUUUUGUUCAU